AUGGCAUCAACAGAAAGAAUUUCUACCGAUAAUAAUAAUAAUAAUACGACUUCAUCAUCAUCAUCAUCAUCAUCUGAUCAUAAUGAUGAAAAGAAAACAUCAUCAAAUCAUGAUAAAGAAUCAGGUUUUGAGUGCAAUAUUUGUCUAGAAACAGCUCAUAAUGCUGUUUUAUCUCUUUGUGGUCAUUUAUUUUGUUGGCCAUGUAUUCAUCAAUGGUUAGAAACUCGUGCACAUAAUCCAACAUGUCCAGUAUGUAAAAGUAGUAUUUCACGUGAAAAAUUAAUUCCAAUCUAUGGACGAAAUGCUCCACAAACUGAUCCACGAGAUACUAUACCACCACGACCAGCUGGUACAAGACAAGAAGCUCGUCAAAAUAGAGUAAAUUAGAUUAAAAUUUUUGUUUUUUUUAAAUUAUUUUUUUUUUCUAU